ACCGCAGCGGUCCAGAGUCUACUGAGUGAUUCGUCUUUUCAGUAGACGAUCUUCGGCGCAGGCAGAGACAGGCGAGCAGCAGCCAUUCCGCUUCCUGUUUGUUGCCAGGGCAACAUUAACAACAACAUUAACUGAUCCAAACCUGCAAGCAGGAGAGCAGCAUCGCCUAAAUGUGUUUUCUGGGCUAGAUCAACUGCACUCAACCUCUGAAACAUAUUUAUUUAUCAAGAUCAGCCUGGAAUAAUGAGUCAACGACAAAUUUUACAAGUUUUGGAGCAGUAUCAGAAAUCAAGGCAGCAGUUUGCAAACACUGUUUCUGAACUUGCAGCCAGACCUCAAAAUAUAGAAAUCCUCCAAAGUGCAGGUGUGAUGUCCCUGCUGCGGCCCCUGUUACUUGACGUGGUUCCCAGCAUCCAGCAGACGGCAGCAUUGGCUCUGGGCCGCCUGGCCGACCACAGCGAUGACCUGGCCGAGGCGGUGGUGAAGGGGGACAUACUGCCCCAGCUGGUCUACUCUCUGGCCUCGCAGAACAGGUUCUAUAAGAAGGCUGCAGCAUUUGUACUGCGAGCAGUGGCCAAACACUCCCCAGAGCUUGCCCAGACUGUGGUGGACUGCGGGGGUGUGGAUGCCCUGGUUCUCUCCCUGGAGGAGUUUGACCCUGGGGUGAAGGAGGCGGCCGCCUGGGGUCUGGGCCACAUCGCACGACACAACGCACAGUUAGCCCAGGUGGUUGUGGAUGCGGGUGCUGUGCCCCUGCUGGUGAUGUGUAUCCAGGAGCCCGAGUUGGCCCUCAAACGCAUCGCUGUCUCCGUCCUCAGUGACAUCUCCAAACACACACCGGAGCUGGCCCAGAGCGUGGUGGACACUGGUGCCAUCGCCCACCUGGCACAGAUGAUCCUCAACCCAGAUGCCAAGCUCAAGAGGCAGGUGUUCUCCGCUCUGAGUCAGAUCAGUAAACACUCCACCAGCCUGGCAGAGAUGGUGUUUGAGGCCAAGAUCUUCCCUGCCGCACUGACCUCCCUCCGAGACCCCGAUGAGUACGUCAGGAAGAACGUCACCACCCUGCUGAGGGAGGUGGUCAAACACACCCCCGAGCUGUCCCAGGUGAUUGUGAAUUCUGGCGGACUGACAGCAGUGGUUGACUAUCUGGGUGAUUGCCAUGGAAGCCUGCGGUUGCCAGGGAUCAUGAUGCUCGGAUACGUGGCCGUUCACAAUGAGAGCCUUGCCAUGGCUGUCAUUAUCACCAAGGGGUUGCCCCAGCUGGCGGUAUGUCUGUCUGAGGAGACCGAGGAUCACAUCAAGUCAGCCACGGUCUGGGCGAUCGGCCAGAUAGGCCGCCACACCCCGGAGCACGCCAAGGCCGUGGCCACAGCCAACCUGCUGCCCAAGCUGCUGGAGCUCUACAUGGAUGCCAAAAGCUCCGAGGACCUGCAGGCCAAAAGUAAGAAGGCUUUGAAGAACAUCCUGCAGAAGUGCACCUACCAGCCGGGCCUGGAGUCGCUCCUCUACGACGCUCCGAGCAACAUCCUCAAACAUGUGCUCUGCCAGUUCAGCAAGUUGCUGCGUCAUGACAGCAAGGCCCGCCGUUUGUUUGUGACCAGUGGAGGGCUGAAGAAGGUGCAGGAAAUUGAGGCUGAGCCUGGCUCCGAGCUGCAGGAGUACAUCAACACCAUCAACAGCUGCUACCCUGAGGAGAUUGUCAGGUACUACUCCCCCGGCUACUCGGAUGCCUUGUUGGAGCGUUUGGAGAACUACCAGCCUGCCUGACAUCAGCUUGCAUCUCCCUCUGCCAUGCUGACCAUCUCCCCAUGUCAGAGUGGAAAUUUCACAAUGUCUCCGCCAUAAAUCUAUCUCUAGUUUCUUCAUGUCUUUUUAUUGCCUGCCUUCUCUUUUGUGCUGUGCUUCAUUGUCACCAGAUGCAUGUAAUGGGUAAGUGCAAGUAGAGCUUGUGUGGAGAACGAGCAGGUAGCAUCAUGGAUCUUAACUAGAUAUUGUGAGAAAGUACUUGAACCUGCUUGAACAUGAACAUUGUCAAGUCUUGUUUUUGUAUAGGAAAUUUACCAAAUGCCUUAUUUAUGUAGAAAAUUUUAAACAGUAUAUUUUAA